UGGGGCUACUAGAGUAAAUCAUGUCCGACUCGGCUGAUCGGAUCCUCUAUGACAUCGAAAUGGCGACAGUGAAAUAAUAUUGGAUUUUCUAGUAAUUUGUUUUGAUAAUUUGUUAAUGAUAAUUUAGUGAUCUAUUCUACCAAAAGGUUCUUUCCUGUUUUUCCCUCGAAUGAAUAGAAAGCAUAAAACAGUUCAUUGUUAGGCGUAUGAAUAAAUAAAUUGUAAAGAUGGCUUAUCAGAGAAGACAACAAACAAAAAAUGUCCUUAGAUGUGUGAGGAAAUUGUUGUAAUCAGCAUAGCUUGAGUCUUUAAAGGAUCCUAAUGUAAAAGCUUCAGCAUUUUGUGCAAUGGAAGUAUUUCCACCUGAUGAUGCUCAGCCCAAUGAAGUGGGUACUGCUACAGCAGUCUCACGGCUGGAGCAGAUAAAAGAUUGGGAUGAGAGUUUUGCUUCACUUGAAAUUGCACUUCAAGCUGCCUGUGAAACUAAAGAAGCUCAUUCCAGCAUUGAAAAUUGCACUAAAGACUGUAACAUACCAGAUAUUGAUGUCUUGAAUGAAAGCCAGAUAAAAAAUGAGGUGAAGAGAAAAUGGGAGGAUGAGUGUUUAGAUGGUGAUGAUACUGAUGAGCACAAACUCAAGCGAGUGAACAGCAUGCACUUGGGUUCUGAUGUUUCCAUUCAAUUAGUAGAUUCAUCAGCUGACAAUUGUGAUAAUAUUCCUAUUUCAAAUUUAUUAUCAAUAGUAAAACCUGAAAAUAAACCCAAAUCUGAAGAUUUAUUGUAUAAUUUACCUUCUGAAACAACUCAAAUUGAAGCUAAAGAUACAGUAGAUUUUGUUAAACUUGAACCAAAAAUUGAACCUAGCCAAUCCAACUCAGAUUUUAAAAGUGAAACUGUUGACUGUAAACCUGAUAUUUUUUCUGAAAUCAAAGAAGAACCUUGUUUCAGUGACAGUAAAAAAUUUUCAGAUGAAAAGAACUUUCAAGCUGAUUCAGAAAUGACAAUUUCUAGAGAUAUCAAAAGUGAUAGUGGAUUUACGGAUGAUUUAAGUACAGAAAGCAAAGCAGAUUUUUUUUCUCCUAGUGAAGAUAUUUUAUCUUAUGACUUGAAAAACCCAGAAGAACAUUCAAAUUUUAAAACUGAAAUAAAAUCUGACUGUGACCUUCUUGAAAAUAUGGAAGAACAAUCUAACCAAACCAUUUCUGUUAGUGACUCAGUAACUGAAGAAGGCAGGGAAAAUUUUAAUAGCAAUGAGGCAAUUCUAGGGAAUUCAGAAGAAUCUUGUGAGAAGAAAAAAGAGAAAAAGGAUAAGAAAGAUGAUUGUAGUGAUAAAAGUUCUAAAAAAGAUGAUAAGCUUUCAAAAAAGAAAAAGUUUGAGAGAUGCAAUAUUAGGGAUAUAAAAUUGGAGGAUGAAUUAGAUGCUGUUACUCUCUCAGCUCAAAAAGAGGAGCAAGAACGUAUACAAAGGUUGCAAGAAGCCCAAAUGCGAGCUUUACAAGAACGACUCCAGCAGAUAGAAGUUGAGAAGGAAGCUCUAACUCAGCUUUUUAGCCAACCUGAUGAUGCUCCAAGUUUAUUUGAUUCUUCUUCAUUGAGUGAAUCGGAACCAACUGAUGAGUGCAAAAAGGCUGUUGUUAAAAGUGAAGCUGAUGCUGUUGUGGAUAGCAGUGAUGAUGAUAAAAAAGCAAAACUUCAGGGUAUAAUACCUACCCCUAUUGAAGAAAAUAUAAUUAAUAUAUCAAGCUCCAGCUCUGGUAACGAAAGUGACACCGAUGACUCUGACAAAAAAGAUGAUGAUGUUAUGGUUUUGAGUGACGAAGGUGAAACAGAAGGAGAUGGCACUGCAGAAGAUCCAAAUAACAGUGGUGCUCAUACAAAUGAUUGUUUUAAUCUUCCUGACGAAGAAGGUCGAGUUUUAGUAAAUGUUGGACACCCACCAGAAGAUCCGGAUAUCUUUUUAGCACCACAGAUUGCGAAAGUCAUUAAACCUCACCAGAUUGGAGGAAUUCGGUUCCUGUAUGAUAAUGUAGUGGAAAACCUUGAGAGAUACAAAUCAUCUAGUGGAUUUGGAUGCAUACUGGCACAUAGUAUGGGCUUAGGCAAAACAGUGCAGGUUGUGUCAUUUGUUGAUGUCUUUUUGAGGCAUACUCCUGCAACAUUAGUUUUGUGUAUUGUGCCUAUCAACACUAUUCAGAAUUGGAAGGCUGAAUUUGACAUGUGGGUUCCCCCUUCUAAUUGUGUUGAAGAUUCUCAAGUUUUGAGUGGCGAAGUGAGACCUCGAGACUACAACGUGUAUACUUUGAAUGAAAAUUUCAAAACUAUGGCAGCUAGAGCUGCCCUAAUAGCUGAAUGGAGAAAUCAAGGUGGUGUCUUACUGAUGGGUUAUGAAAUGUAUAGAAUGCUGGCCUUAAGAAAAAUGCCCAAAAUUCCUUUGAAAAAAAGUAAAAGAUUAAAGAAACAAGAAAUGUCAGUAGAACCUGAAACAAAUGAACAAAUAAAGAAAUACAUGGAUGAAAUGUAUGAACAUAUUGUUAUUCCUGGUCCAGACCUUGUGAUAUGUGAUGAAGGACAUAGAAUCAAAAACAGCUUAGCAAGUACAUCCAUGGCAUUGAAGAGCAUCAAAACAAGGCGAAGAGUCGUUUUGACCGGAUAUCCACUGCAAAAUAAUUUGCUUGAAUACUGGUGCAUGGUUGAUUUUGUGCGUCCAAAUUAUCUUGGCUCUAGGGCAGAAUUUUGUAAUAUGUUUGAACGACCUAUAUCCAAUGGCCAGUGUAUUGACAGUACUCCUCGAGAUCGUCAACUGAUGAGGUUUCGUUCACAUGUAUUGCAUAGCUUACUUGUUGGAUUUGUUCAAAGGAGAGGACACUCUGUUCUGAGAGCUGUGCUGCCUAAAAAAGAGGAACAUGUUUUGCUAAUAAGAAUGACACCAAUUCAAAGACAGCUGUAUAAAUGUUUUGUCAAAGAUCUCCUUUAUGUUCAGCAAGCCACUAAUCCUUUGAAGUUGUUUGCUGUAUGUUGUAAAAUUUGGAACCAUCCAGAUAUCUUAUAUAAACUUUUGCAAGAGAAAAAAGCUCAAGAAGAUAUUGAUCUGGAUAUUGACCUUAGCAUUGCAUCAAGUUCAGGUAUUUCAGGAUCAUCUUGUUCAAUGAAAAAAAGAGCUUUGAAUCAGACAAAGUCAAAGGUAAUUGCAAAACCUUUUAGAACUCAGCCUCGGAGUUUGAAACCUCAACCUGCUAUGGGUUUGUCAACUGAAGCAGUGAAAUCUGAAGCAAGUGAGCAUGGUAGUAUUCAAAGCACAGAUGAAAAUCACUUUAGUACAUCGGAAUUAAAUAAGGAGGAAUUAUUGCCUUCUAAUCAAGCAAAUAUGCCUCUUCAAAAGGAAUACACACAACAAGGACCUCAACAAUCUUAUCAAAAUCAAUAUUCAAAAAGUAAUAUGGCACAACAGUACUGUCAACAAAAUUAUCAUAUGUCUUCUGGGCAAAAUUAUAACGCAUCACAGUAUGUACAACAGCCAUCAAAUACGAGUCAGUCACAAUUUUCGCCGCAGACAUCUUCUCAAUCUGGAUCUCAACAACAGUAUGUUCAAUCACCUCUUGUGCAGCCUCAGUAUGGGCAAUCUCAGAAUCAAUAUUCUCAAAAUUUCUCCCAAAUUAACACGCAGUUUGGUGGUCAGACGAGUGCUGAACAAGAAACUAGUGCACGUCAUCCAUCAUCUCCUUCUCAAACAAGUUUCCAAGGAAAGUCUUCUCAGUCUAAUGCUGUUUCUUACUCACAGCAAGCAGAUGCUCAGAAACAAUAUCAAUCUAAUUUACCUCAGGCUCAAUUUCCAAAGCAAGCAAAUAAUGGUAAAGAUGCUCACUUUUCUCAAUCAACAAACCAAAAAUUCACACAGCAGCAAACGCAGCAUUUCCCUCAAUCAUCUGCUUCUCUCCAGUCAUAUAAUUCACAAUCUACUUCUCAACAGUAUUCACAACAACAGUCGUAUCCUCCUGUUUCUAAGCAGCAUCAGUAUUCUGAACGUACUCCUUUGCAGUACACUUCAUCAUCAACUGAUAACAGAUCUACUUCUCAUUCCUCUUCCCAACAUUCUUACUCUCAACUAACCAAUCCUUCUCAUGUUUCUGAACAAUCAACAAAUCACUUUUCUUCCCAGACAUCAUUUCAGAGAUCACCUCCCCACUCUCAGUUUUCACAAAGUCAAUCUUCUCAACAAUUCUCUCAACAGUCACCAACAAUAUCUUCUCAGUUUACUUCUCAAGGUUCAUUCUCCCAAAUGUCCUCAUCGGAGCAUUUUUCUCCCCAACCAACACCACCACAAACAUCAUCUACUCCAACAUCGUAUUCUCAGACUUUUCCACAACAAUCAGAAUUCUCUCAAUCGUCAUCUCAGCAAUUCUCUCAAAAUAUUCAGCCAUUUCCAUCACAGCAAGUAGUUCAGACUCAAUUUGAUCAAAGUCAUUCAUCUUUUCCUGAACCUUCCCAAACUUAUUCUCAGCAGUCAUCACAACUGCAACAGCAAUUCCCUCAACAAACAUUCCAACAACCUUAUAGGCAGUCUGAACAACAGCAGUAUUCUGAGCAGUCAACUGUGCAGCAAUUCUCUCAAAAUCUUGGGCAGCAAAGUUUUUCAGCUUCUCAGCAAUCAUUUCCACACCAAGGAUUUUCCCAGCCAUCGAGUCAGUCCACCAAAUUUACUGGCAAACAAGGAGCACAAAAUUCUUUUUCUCAGCAACCUUCUGUGGGAAAUCUACAAUUUUCAACAUCUUCAGCGCAAUCAACUCCUGGUCAAAAACAGAUGUCUCAUUCACCUCCUCAAGAAGGAAACCAACAAAAAUUUUCUCAGCAAACAUUUUCGUCUCAACAAUCACCAGAAUCUCAGUUUUCACAACCAGCUGGCUCUGCAAUAUCAUUUUGCCAUCAAACUUCUCAAGCAAAUUCUCAUUCAUUUUCUCAACAGAAUUCUCAGUCUACAACAGCUUAUACUCAACAAGUUAACACAACUCCCCAUCAAUAUGUCCAACCAAUAUCCACUAAUUCUCAAUUCAAUCAGCAGACAAAUAAUUCAGUACAAGGAUACAAUCAGGCAACUACUCAACAGUUUCCUCUUUCUGGAAAUCAUUCAACGCCUCAAUAUAAUCAACAACAAUCAUCUUCAUCACAGCAGUAUGGACAACAAAUUAGUCAUCCACCCCAAUAUUCUCAGCAGUCAAAUUCUCAACAGUUUUCACAGUUGCCAACACCAACCCAACAAUUCUCCCCACAAUCUUCAAAAACGCAACAGUAUUCUCAAUCCAAUCAAAACCAACUUUACUCGCAGCAAUCUAAGAAUCCUCAGUAUUCUCAAAAUCAAAAACCAUAUUCUCAACCAAAUCCUCAGUCCUCUCAGCAAACAGGACAGAAUCUUUCUCAAUUCAAUCAUCAAUCUCCAUUUCCUCAACCAACUUCUCAGUUAUCCCAACAAUAUUCUGCACAAGUUCCUUUGUCACCCCAACAAUACUCACAGCAACCUGCACAGUCGCCACAACAGUACUCCCAAUCCUCUUCUCAUUCGCCUCCACAGUUUCUGCAGCAACCUGAUCAAUCUCCACAGCCAUUUUCUCAAACUGGGAAUCAAUUUAAUCAACAAAGCCAUUCACUCCAAAAUGCACAAUCUACUCAGCAUUUUGCUAGUUCCCAUGCACAUCAACAAUUUUCUCAGCAAGCAAAUCCACCUCAAGAUUUUAACCAAGCUCCUAUUCAAAAAUCUCAAUCAUCAGACCAGUUUAAUCAACAAAUGAUGCAGACUUCGCAGCAGUAUAACAAACCAAAUCUUCAAUCAUCACAACAGUAUAAUCAGCUAAGUGGACAGUCUUCUCAGCAGUUUAAUCAACAAACGAGUCAGUCUCAACAAUUUGCUCAACAAUCAGGCCAGUCUUCUGCAAUUUAUAAUCCCCAAUUAAAUAAUAAUACACCAACUUAUAAGCAGCAACAAUACAGUCAACAAGCUGUUCAGCCAUCACAACAAUAUAAUCAGAACAAUCAAACUUCUCAGCAAUAUAAUCAGAUAUCUGGCCAAGUAUCUCAACAAUAUUCUCAGCAAGCACACACGACUUCUCUGCAAUAUCCUCAGCAACCUAUUCCACCUUAUUCUCAGCAACCAACUCAACAGUAUGGGCAACAGCCAGCUCAGUCUCCUCAACAGUUCACACAACCUGCACAAUCUCCACAGCAAUUUAAUCAGCAACCAGCUCAGUCACCUCAACAGUAUAUUCAACAGCCAGCACAGUCUCCUCAGCAAUUCACUCAGCAACCAGCACAGUCACCACAACAAUUUUCUCAGCCAGUGCCAUCACCUCAGCAGUUUUCACAUCAAACAACUCCGUCCCCUCAACAGUUUCUACAGCAACCUUCUCAGUCUCCCCAGCAGCAGCAAUAUUCUCAACAAACAACAUCACCUCAACAGUUCUCACAACAGCCAACAGCUUCUCCUCAGCAAUUUCCCCAACAAACUGUUCCUUCUCCUCAGCAGUUUUCUCAACAGACAACUCCUUCUCCUCAACAGUUUUCUCAACAGACAACUCCUUCUCCUCAGCAGUUUUCUCAACAGACAACUCCUUCUCCUCAGCAGUUUUCUCAACAGACAACUCCUUCUCCUCAGCAGUUUUCUCAACAGACAACUCCUUCUCCUCAGCAGUUUUCUCAACAGACAGCCCCUUCACCACAACAAUUCACACAACCAUCUCAAUCUCCUCAACAGUUUCCACAACAAACUGUCCAUUCUCCUCAAGAAUUUGUUCAGCAAUCUUCACAACAGUCUCAGUCUUCUCAGCAAUUCUCUCAGUUAUCUUCUCAACAGCAGUACAAGCAACAAACAUUACUUUCUGGGCAAUCGACUCAAUUUCCUAUGCCUCAACAGUUUCCAAACUCAUAUCCUCAUUCUUCAAAUCAAGAUACCUUGAAAGGGGCAUUCCAAACAGAUUAUCAGAAUCAAACUAAUAUAUCAGCUUUGCCACAGCAAGUUGUCUCUAAUCAGUCUGUAAAUUCUCCAGCUGUUAAACAAAAUGCAAGAGGAAAAGUGAAACAAGGACGUACUAAUAAAUCCAUGUGUCAAAAUUUACUACCUCCAACAUCUCAACAUUCGCAAACUUCUCUUAAACAACCGCCAUCAUUUUCUGUUCAAGCAUUUCAAAAUGGUAAUCAGACAUCUCAACAUUCACUUGGUCAACAAACUGCAAAACAAAUGCAAGCCAGCAGUAAUGCUGCUUUUCAACCUCUUGAUUCAUCAAUUCAAGAAAAUUUCUCUCUUCAACCUGUUAAGCAAGAUUCUGAAGUUUUUCCUGCUAAAUGUUCAAAAGCCAUUCUGCACCAAGGGAAACCUCAACUUAUUAACUCUGAUUCUACAAACUUGCAGUUAUCACUCAAUCCUACUAAAUCUGACUCAUCUCCAAUGGAGGGUGAUCAACAAGGCAGUACUUGUUCUGAUACAACAUUAAUGCCUUUCCGGGAUAGAAUGGAUUCUUCAAUCAAUUAUGAAUGGGCAAUCCCAAUCAUGAAAGACUAUGUUCUUGGAGUUGUAGAAAAUAGCCAUAAAAUGAUGGUCCUUUUUGUGAUAAUUUCAGAAACAUUACACAUGGGUGAUAAGCUUUUAGUUUUCAGCCAAUCAUUGUCUACUCUCGAUCUUUUAGAACAAUUCUUAUGCAAAAUACAAGUUCCAAAGAGACCUAACCAACCUGAUCAACCUACUGAAACAUGGUGCCGUAAUAAAAAUUAUUUUCGUUUGGAUGGCAGUACAUCUGCCCAAGAUCGAGAAAAAUUGAUCAAUGAAUUCAAUAGAAAUGAUAAUGUUUCCCUUUUCUUGCUAUCAACCAGAGCAGGCUGUCUUGGUAUUAACUUGGUUGGAGCAAAUCGUAUUGUAGUAAUGGAUGCAUCUUGGAAUCCUUGUCAUGAUGCUCAGGCUGUGUGUCGAAUUUACAGAUAUGGACAAAAGAAGCAAUGUCAUAUAUAUAGACUAGUUACUGACAAUAGUUUGGAAAAGAGAAUUUACGAUCGACAAGUGAAUAAACAAGGAAUGUCAGAUAGAGUUGUUGAUGAAUUGAAUCCAGAGAGUAAUUUCACUUGGAAAGAUGUUACGACCCUAAUACAAGAUGAUGAAGAUGAUGGUCCUGUUCUAGAGCUUUCAAAGUACUCAUCAUCUUAUUCUGAUAAAGUUUUAAAGUACCUUGUUUCGGAAAUGAGUCCAAGUUUGAGCAAAGAGCCUUUUGAGCACGAAUCACUUUUAUUGGAUCGCAAAGAUUUGAAAUUAACAAAGCAAGAAAAACGUCUUGCUAAGCAGAGUUAUGAAAUGGCUAAACGUGCUAACAUGAUUAAUAUAAGGACGACUUAUUCAUAUCUUCCUGGAACAUCAGGCCAACUUAUAAUUAAUAACAAGCAAUGUCAGUGGGUUGGUGGCACAACAAUACGGGUUUUACCAAAUCAGUCCACAUCUUCUAGUAGUAAUGUGCGCUCAGGAACUACUGCAACUCCAAUCACUGCUUCUCCGUCACUGAUGAGCAGUUUGUUUAAACAAGGUGUUAUGGUUCAGAAGCUUACUAUGCCAUCUAAUGUCAGUAUUCCUGUUCUUACUCCGGGGGCUCCUCCUGUUGUUAUUCCUGCUGGACAGGAUGUUCUUGUCCUGCGAACCCCAAAAGGUGUAUAUCUUCGCUUACCAGAUGGACGCAUCAUUGCAGUUCAGCUUCCACCAAGUUUGUUAGCUAAGACUCAAUUUCGACCUAAUGUUGUGACGCAUUUUAGACCAGCUGCCCCCAAAAGCAGUGGAAAUCAGCCAAGUACUGUGAUAAAUACUCCAAGAGGACAGAGCAUAGGGAUCAUUAAACAGACUCUUCAAUGUGGUGGAACUGUUAGAUAUUUAGGCCCUCGAAAUGCUGCUGGCAGUACUGCUCAGAGUUCAGCUCGUAGCUCUGCUCCUGAAGUGAUUGACUUAAGUGAUGAUGAUGAGCCUUCAAUUCGAAAGAGUGCUACUGCUUCAAAUGCUUCUACAAACUCAUCUGAAAGUGAUACAGGUAGUAAUGAUCAAGACAAAGCAGAUGGUAGUUUCCAAUCUGCAAUGUUACCUGGAAAACAAAUUACUAUUAAAAAGGUUUCUCCUUCUUCUCAAAAUGCAUUACCCCUAUCAAGUGCAAAAGAGAAAUGUGAAAUCCCUCAGGUUCUUUCAAAAAAUAAACAAAUCACUAUAAUGCCAGUAAAUCCUUCAAAUCAGCAAAAUCGACAAAAAUUUGCACCUCAGUUGGCUCAACCUGUACGUGUGCAACAGAUGCUUCUUCAACCACAACAGGGGAAAAGGAAACCUUUUCAAAAAAGUUCUUCUAAAGUGCAGAUUACUCCUCUACUUACAGGGAAAAAUGUUCGUCCUCAAAUAACUAUAACGCAGCCUACAUCUACUCAAUCCAACAUCCAGUCUCACAAAUUACGCCAAUCAAUUCCUCUCCAACAUCCAAAAAAUUCUGACUUUUUAGAAAACAUGUGUGAAUCAAAUAUAAAUUCUCCUACAAAACAAACAGAUGACUCCUCAAGUGCAGGGCUUGAGGCAAGCCAGUCAUCGAAUGCUGCUACACCAGUUCAAACACCAAGUGUUUCGGAAAUACUCCAAAAUUCCAAAGACAUUUCAAUAUCAUUGACUGAACCUUCAAAAACUAAUACUCCAUCGUUGCCAGACUCCUUAGCAUCUAUAUCUAAUAAGCUAAACCCAAAUCUACAGAUUUCUCCUGUAGAACAAUCAAAUGUGUCUGAUACAUUACCUCAAAAGAAUACAUUUAAUAAUCCAAAAAAUAUUACUUCCACAUCCAACCUGCAAACUCAAAUGACACAUAAUGCUGUACAGUCAUCUCAACCUUUGUGUAAGUCACCUCAACCAUCAGCUAAGGCAGAUUCUACUGUGCAACAAUUGAAUGCAUCUCAAAAUUUGUAUGGGUUAAAACCUUCUCCAUCUCAUUCACAAACAAAUUUUCCUGUAUCUCAGGCAACUUCUAUGUCAUCUGUUGUUUCACCCCAGCAAUAUCAGAAUUCUGAUCAGACUUUCCAGCAUCAUCCAGUUUCUCAAUCAAACUUACAUGAAAUGCAUACAAAACAGCAUAAUGAACAGGCAUUACAAUAUACUUCUCAUUCUUCCCAGAAUCCGCGAUUGUCUGCUACUCCACAUUCAGCCCAUGCUGUUUCUCAAAAUCAGCAACUGACAACUCGUAAAAGAAAAUCCACAAAUAAAGCAGCCACCAAAAAAUCCCAACAUGAGCAUCCAUUGAUGUCACCAAGCCAUUCAUUACAACCUCAAUUAAUAGAAACAUCUCAGCAGUUCCAUCAUUCUCAGUUGUCGGAUCAUCAUCUUCCAGAGAAUCACUUUCCAAAUUUUCCGCAACCAAUGCCUAGCUCUGAUUUUCAAGCAUUUUCGAAUUUUUCUGCUCAUAAGCCAGUAUCUCACAUUCAGCAUCCUCAACCACUUCAUCCCCUUCAGCAUGGCCAGGAACAUGUUCUUCCUUCUCAUUUACAGCACAUGUCUCAUAUGUAUCCUAUGUCUCCUCAUCUUACUGGAAACCCAUCAUCAUUGACAGAUAUGCAACCACCUGCUCCUAGAGCAUGGCCGGUACCACAACCAGCAGUGUCUUCAUUUCACCCAUUUAGUCAGUCUUCCUCGUUCUAUAGUUCUGGUCAAGAGAGUAGUCAGUUUUCAUUUCAACCAUCAUCGUUUUCCCUUUCCCCAUCUUCUGUUGCAUCUAACACAAGUCAGUCAGAAGGAGGAUCAGGAGGAGAGAAGGCUUCUCAAAUUAAUUCGUCUGAUUUGUGACUUUGAAUGUGGAAAAGAAACAGAGCUUCAUCCGAUUGGGCGCACGAUGCUGAGUAAUAUUUAUGCUUCUGGUUUGUAUGUUUGCGUGUGAUAUUCCGAUAGCAUUUUAUGCAUCAACCGGAAGUAAUACGAUGUAGAAUUGUCAAAGAAUGUUCAUCUAAGAUGAAAUCCCAUCCUGCGCAAAGUCUGUAUGAAAAAAAUCUUAUAUGGCUUUUAUAAAGAAAUCUAACGGGUUACCCUCAUUCACUCUCAUGCCUGUGAAAGGUCAGAUGUAUUGUACAAAGUGUGUGGUUGUGUAGUAAAUUCUCUGUUUCAUUUUGUCAUGUGUGUGCAUAAACAUCUAAUGUAGUAUAGACUGAUCAUUGUUGUUUGUCUGCUUUUUCGCCAUCAAAUUCAGUUCAUAUUUUUAUUUGAAAUUUCUACAUCAAAACUAUCAACUUAUAUUAGAACAGUACUCAUUUACUGUAUAUUUAUAUUUCAUAAAUGUAAACUUAGUUCUUCACUGACAGUUUAAUUGUGAUUUCAGUUUUUGCUUUAAUACAUCUCAAAAAUCCCGGUUGUAUUUUUGCAGAUUUUUAGUGAGAUAUUUUAAUACUCAAAAUGCCAGAUGAAUUUUACUUUAUGGCAUUUCAUUUCUUUAAUAUUUAAAUUCUUGUGCCAAGUAAAUAAGGUGAAUGUUAUUUCAUUCAUAUUUAUUGCUUCUUUUGUGAUUAUGUGUUGGUUUUUAAUUUGUUCCUGCCGUAAAAUAUCGUAUGUACUUAAUAAGUACGAAAUUUACGAAUAUUUAAAACAAAGGAAAGAACCCUUGCAAGAAGCUGACAUUUUUCUCAAAUUAUAUUUCCCUUUUCAUAUUAAGUUUUAAAAAAAGCCUUAUUUAGUAUAGCAUAGGAAGUAUGUGUCUUUUUAGUAUAUUCAUUUAGAUUAAUUAUGGAAGCUUAAACAUUGCCAUUUUAUGAAAAGAUUUUUAAAAAAUUAAAGAUUGCCUUUUUAUAAUUGCCUUUUAUAAAAAGAAUUUGGGGAUAAAUUUUCCUAUAAUUAUUUAUUACUUAGAAUGAUCAUUAUUAUUAGCUUUGAUUGGGAAAGUGUGAGAGUACUUUUUUUUAUUAUGAUCCAAUUUUGCUUUUUGCAAGGUUUGAGAAUAGAUGCUAAGUGAGAGUAAGAUUUUAUAUAAGACAAAGAACAAAAAUGUGUUGUGAGCUGUAAAUUUUUGUUUUAUUUAUUUUCUUUUGUGUGUGUAUAUGUAUAUUAAAUGUGCAAUGAUUGUGUCAUAAAAUUAUAUCUUUCAAAUUAUAAUUUUUCCCCUUAUAAAUAUAUAUUUGAUUUUUUUUUAAUGAGAAUGCCAAAGGAGGCUAGUGUAGUAUGCGAUAGAUAUGUUUAAUACAAUUAAUUCAUUUUUCAUUUCAAGUUACUGAUUAUUUUCUCUGAGGUAACAGAAUAAUAGGUAUUCCAAUUAAAAUGUAUUUAUUAGGGUUUUAUUCAUUAAAAGAACUAAUCAUCUCUGAAAUUAAGCAAAGGUUUAACUGUGUAGUUCAAACGAAUGUUGGGUAUCUUAGCAUAUAAGUAUUUGUGUUUAUAAAUUAGAUAGUAAUGGUUUAAUCGUCUGUUGAUGUUUAUCAACAAAUUAAAUUUUGUUAAGAAAAAUUUUAUAACAGCUAUUCCUUAUAUGCCUCUUAUUUCAGUGGUGAAUCUCAGUUUUUUUUUCCCCUUGAAUAAUUGCAUCAUAAUAAUGAAAAAUCCAGCUGCAUUUUAUAAUGGGAGAAAUGAAUAAUUGCAUGAUACUGUAUAUGGUAUUCAACUGUGUUGAAAGGUAAACUAAGUUUACAGAUUUAACUAAGUCGCUGCCUGUAUACACGGUACCUCACAUUCUUACAAUUUAGUUUUCCUUAAUUUUGAGAAAUUGUGUAAAUAACAUUCUUUAAAUUUAAGUUGAUAUGAAGCCCCCCUCCCCCUUUUCAUUGGACGCACACAAAAAAAAUGUGUGUCAUCCUUAUAUAUUGCAAGAUUUGCAAUGCUUAGCUUAUAUGUUUUUUUUUUUUUUUUGUAUUUCUAUUAAUAGGUAUUUAGAUUAUAAUUAUUAUUUGAAUACAUAAAAGAGCCUUCUUGGCACUAUUUAUGUGGAAUUAAGUAAUCAAAGAUAAAGUGACGAAAUGGAAUUAUUACAAUUUUAAUAAAUUAAAUUUACAUACAAAUUCAUCAGAUGUACGUCUUUUUUAACUUAAUAAUAAGUGCUGAAAUAUCGGGGGGUUUUCGUGAACGCUCGAAUCUUAAAUAUUAUUGUAAACCACUUCAAGGGAAACUAAUUUUAACUAAAAAAUAUAUCAUACACUUUAAUAUGAAAUACAUUUAAAAUAAAGCAAAAUCUAAAUUAUGAGUUACCUUAAUGUGCUCUCUUAUUAUCCUUUAGUUUUAUGUUAUCUUUUAUAGUAUAAAAUACUCAGAAAUGUUGCCCUUAAAUUAUAAAGAAGUUUGUUUUUUGAAUGAAGCCACUGUUAACAAAAUACUAUUAGUUGUAGGUUGAUUAAUAUACUUUGUAAGCAUUUGCAGAAAAAUUUCGAUAUAUACCACAUAAUCAAAGAGAUACGUUUAGUACCUUAAUUUUGUUUACAAAUUAUGUGAAUAUAAUUUAAAUAAUCAGCAUUUAUUAGAUUAUCAAUUUUUAAAUAGAGUAGCAAGCAUGUCAAUCUCAGUACUCUCAAUGCAUUUUUAUAUCAAUACAGAACAGGCUAUAAAAGUUCUAAUUAAAAUUUUGUACCUAUUAUUUGAAUGAUUUACAGCUUCUAAUUAUUGGUAAUUAUUUAAGGAAGCUGGAACUUCGUCGUAUCCAAAGUUUAAAAAACAAAAACAAAAAAAAAAUUGAGAUCCAUUGUAUUUUCUAUUUCAGGAAAAAAUUUAGUGAGAUUACUGUGGCUGAAUUAUAGAAAUAUUUGUUAAAUGUUCAAAAAUUUCAUGAUUGAUUCAUUUUCUAACUUCUCUUCACGUUUAAUCUUUUGUAUUGAACACCGAAUUGAAAGAGUGAAAAAAGUUAGCCCAUAGCAUCGAGCUGUCUGAAUGGUUAAGGAAGUAGAUAAAAUAUGCAAAUGUGACUUAAAUGACUAAUUUCAGUUGGUGCUGCAGCCCUAAUGUACAAGCCGCCACUGCUUGUUUAUGAAAGGACAAAAAUAUCUUCUGUGAUAUAGGAUGAUUGAUAUUAAUUUUGAGUCAGAUUGAAAUUAGCAUCUGUAGAUGACAGUUUUCCUACUUAUGAAGAAAUUUACUAUUUACUUCUUAUAAUUCUAUUUUCUUUUUGCGGGGGAGGGUAGCCCUAUGUUUGUAUUUAAAAUCUAUUCUUCUGUCCCCUGCAUACUUACACACAUUAUGCCGUUUGUAAGACCAUGUUAAAGUUGACUUUUGGGUUUGGCAUGCUUGUUAUAAACUUUUUUUUAACUAUAUAUACUAUGAUGGAUUUGUGUAAUUAGUAAACAAACUGAUUUUUUUAAAUCGGUGUCGUCUUAUUUAUGUGUGUAUUCAUCUCGGUUACCACUCAAAGCUCACUCCAGUUACUUUGAAUUAUUGUUCUUUGCUCCAUGUUUUCACAAAAUCAUGUUCACUAAAGUGAACUGAAUUUUGUGUUGCCUUUAAUGCUGCGAGUUGAUGCCGAGUUUUAUUCAAUAUAUGUUUGUUUGUGUACGUCUAUAUGUAAACCUUUAUCUUAAUGAUUUACUGGUUAUAUUUAUAGUGCUUGAAUAGUGAAGCACAAAAUAUAAUGCACAAAACAAUUGAGCAAUAAAUUAACAAUGACUUCCUUUAUUAGCUUAUCUAAGUCAGCAAAACUGCCAUUAUACACGGUCUAAAUAAAAUGCUAUGCAACUUGCCAAAGACAAAUACUCAUCGAUUCGUUUAUUUUUGUAUUUAUUAAUAUUAUGAUGUUUCAGACUGAAAGCAGAAAACUGGGAUCUCUAAUCCAACUUAUAUAAAGUGUUAUCUUGGGGCUGUUGAAAGGAAAUACAAUUUUUCUAGUGUUGUACAAAAUUGUGUAGUGUUAUUUUAUUGGACUUAAACUGCCUUCAUUGCAUGAUUUUUUAAGUUUGUUGGUGUUACGAUAGUUGAUUACUUUUGUGUAUAUGAUGACCAAAGAUUGUUAACUGUUGAUUGUCUGAUGGGUGGGUGGGGAAAAGUAAUUGAUGGAAAGUUUGUUCAACAUAUUUUUUAAAUACUUCGUUGUCAGAAGUAGUAGGAAAUAUAUGUUAUGCAUGUUAUUUGCAGGAGAAGUAAUAAAUGCCAUAUUUUUUCACUUAUGUGAAUAAUAUGGCCAAAGAUAAUUAUCAAUUGACUAGCUCUGAAGAAAGGAGUGAACUUUAAGUAUGUCCCAAGAUUUUGUAAUUUUUAUCUCCAACUGUCACCAAAGUUGAAGUGCUAGUUUGAUGCAUCAUCAAUGGGAGAUUCAAAAAUAUAUUAAAAAACUGCUUAAUAAGUCUAAAAUUAUUUUUCCAUGUGCUUUUUUCCGGAAAAUUUUUUAAUAAUUGAAAUCAUAUAGACUUCAAAAGAUGGUGUAUUCCUUAUUAUGUAUCAGUGCCUUUUGAUCUUUCAAGAUUUAGUCUGCAAUAAUUGAAAAUAAGUGAUAAUAAAAAUAAUUGGAAUCAUCAUAAAUAAAAGAUGUUGUUAUAAAACAGUUCAUUUUUAUAGAAGUAAUUAAAUCUUGUAUAGAAGACCAUUAUUGUAAAUGUUUCAUAUUCCAUUAACAUUUAAUAAUUGUUCAAUUAUCAUUAUUUAAAAAAAUAGUGAAUUCCUGAAUGACAACAUGGAAAUCUUUAACAGUAUUGAUUUUUAUGUAUAAUUUUAAUUUGAUUUCUUGUUUCUGAAAACUGUUUAAUUCUUUCAUUCAUAUGUACCAUCCCAACUCUAGUUUUUAGUUUAUAGGUAACUUUCUCAUUUAAAUAUACUGCAUUUGUAAAUGAAUUUCAUCCAAGUUUUAACAAGUUUAAAUCGGGAUAUUUGAAAACAUAAUUUGUGUAUUUAACAUUGAAAUAAGCAACGAAAAAUCGACAUUAAAUGUUGUUCCCCCUCCCCUUUGGUUUCUUUGCAUUUUACAAAAUAAACAGGUGUAACUCUUGUUCUAGUUUGUUAUGUGCACAUGCCUAUUUCAUUAUUUGCUAUUAUCGGAUUCUGAAAGCGCUUAUUAGAAAGUUUUUGAUACAUUGAAGUAAAUGUGGCUAUAUUGAUUACUGUUUUAAAAAUUAUCAACCUGAGUAAUUUGAAUAGUAUUUUUUAAUUUAUGUGUAAUGAUAAAUGUGCCUGUAUUGAAGAUAUGUACUUUAAUUCUAUUAUUAUUUAUUUACUAAGAAGGAAAUGCCCUAAGUAAAAACUUUAAUGAUUUUCAGGUUUGAUAUUUUUCCUCUGAGAAUAUUUUGACUUUCUUUAUAUUCUUAUGAAUUUGGUUGUUAUUUUUAGUUCAAAUAGUUUAAAGAAAAAAUGCAACUAAAUAAUAUACUGUGUUACUCAGAUUAUUGCUUUAUAAAUGUGGAUUUUUUUUAGCAUGCAUUGUUUAAUAACAUAUUUUCAUUUCUUAUUUGAUUACAAAUUGUCAUUGGUCUUUUUUUUUUUUUUUUUUUUUGUCAUUUAAAGAUAUGAAAAAAAUAAGCUGAUUUGUUGCACUUGCAUAUUUUAAAUUUUUGUAAAUAGUAUUUUUUGCAAAAUUUAUUCAUUUCACCAUGUUUUAAAUCAAUGCCGUUUGUUUAAAUAUGUAAAUACAAUUGCAUACUCAGGUUGCUAAAGUGUAAAAAUGUUAAAAUUUUGUAUUUUGAGUAGAAAUGCAUUGUCAGAACUAAAGUGCUUAAACCUUGAGCUUUUGAACUCUUUUAAUUUCAUCUGUAUAUUUUGUUCCUAAGAUUUUUAAAUAGCAUAUCUUUUUAGCAUUCAGAUGGCAAAAAGAUUUUUUUACUUUAAUUUUUCCGUUUUGCUAUGUUAUUUAUUACUUAGAUUAUAUUUUUAAGGGGGACCAUUAUGUUAAACUUGAACUAUGCAAACAAUGUAAAUAAUGUGUUCUAGUUGUGUUAUUACUUAUGUAAAUAAAAUUUCACCUUAUUGUAAGAUAAUAUGGGUUAUUUGCAUGUUAUAUACAAACACAUGAAUUAUAAGAAUCCUUUAUAUUUUUGCCAUCUUUCUGAAAUGCAGCUGUUGUGUAGGCAGUUUCUGAUAUGAAAAUAUUUACGUUUGUGGAUUUGUAUAUGAAAUGUUUCACGAAUAACCAAAGCCUCUGUAAAGCUUAUGUAUUGCAAAUAAUUUUAAAGUCAGCAAUUGGUUCAUUGUAUAAAGUAUUGUCAAAUUUAAAAUUCAUUGUUAGUGAGCACUUACUGGCAAUAAAAAUGUUUAUCUAACCGA